AGCACAGGUACACUAAAUGUCUAGAAAUGGGUUAUUUCAGUUUCAUUAAGCUUUAUAUGAAUAAUUUAAUUCAAAGAUUUGCCAUUACACCAUUAUUUGUUUACCUUGAGUUAUUUAUUUAUUUUUAGCAUUGUUUGUAUUUUGCAAUUGAAGAGAGCUGAGACAGAUUCAACCUGACACCAACUCUGGUUGCUUGUACUGGAACCUUCUUCAUCAAGGACUUUUAAUUUUUUGCCACAAUACUCAUCACCACCCACAAUUUCAGAAAUUCAUUUAUGUUUGAAAAAGAUCAACCAACAUGAACCUUUGUUAAUAUUUUUCCUAACAUCCAUAUUAGUCAUGCAUGUUCUGUUACACAAGACCUUAAAAUACAAAUCAUUGUCAUUUUUGUUUAAUCUUCGAUUAUUUUUGUCGUAGCAACAAUGUUUAGUUUUUUGUUUUAAUUUGCUACAGUAAUAUUAGGGUGAUUAUGGAUAUUCAAUAGUAAUAAUGAGCUUGCUUUUAAAGAGAUUUUUGUUUAUACUACGUUUUUGUUUUGACUGAUGAAUGUUCUUGACCUAACUUAUGUAAAUAAAAUUUUUGAGAUGCCCUAUUGUCAUUUUAUAUUAAUAUGAGUUAAACCAUCUAUUUCCAUUAUUUUUACUAUUGUUUCAUUUAUCCAUCUGCUUAAAUCAAUAAAAAAUCUAAUUAAACAUUUAAAAGGAAUAUACAUGACCAUAAUGUAUAUGGUAUAUGGUAAACACCGGCCAAUUGACUUACCGUAUUUUCCGCCCUAUAAGGCGCACCUAAAAACCUAAUAUUUUCUCAAAAACCAACAGUGCGCCUUAUAGUCCGGUGUGCCUUAUAUAUGGACCAAAUUCCUAAAUUCAAACUGGCCCGAAGUAUUGUGUCAUGAAAUCAAUCAUAAGUGGCCCGCUGAAGACUAUGAAUCAUGACUCAAAAAGACUAUGGAUCAUUAUUUUAUGAUUAUAAAGUAAUUUGUUCCGUCUGAAGUUGAAAUAAAAAAGAUAAAAUGGAGAAUGAUUUGAUUUGGAUUAAAAAUCUGACAUGAUGCAUUAAUGGUGCGCCUUAUAGUCCGGUGCGCCUUAUAUAAGGAUAAAGUUUUAAAAUGGGCCAUUCAUUGAAGGUGCGCCUUAUAGUCCGGUGCGCCUUAUAGGCCGGAAAAUACGGUAGUUUAGUGAAUUGACCACAAGGGGACAGUAUUUUCAUUAGCGAACCAUCUGUGGUGACCCUGACACAAGCAGACUACCCCCAGAUAUUCAUGAUAUAAUAAAUUUUAGUUAUCAUUUCUAAUUGAGCCUCUUUAUAUGAUACAUAUGCAUUCAUUCAUUCAUUCAUAGAUAGAUAGAUAGUGAUCCCUGGGGGAAAUAUACAUAUCUAUACAAAUUAUUGUAAAAGUAGCUGUCUCACUGAUCAUUUUAAUGUGAAGACAUGUUUUUAAGUACCGUCAUAAGAACAAAAAACUAAUACAAAUUGAAUUGAAAAUAUCACUCAUUGGCUGCACUUUAUUCUGACAAGUUAUGACCAUAAUGACACAGUGCCGCAAAGAUGAUCAGUAGUGGACUGACACACCGGUGCACAAUCCAUCCAGCUACUGUUAAUGUUGAAUCCUGUUUUAUAUCCUGUCUAACUCCUUGCUCAAUGUGAAAUGUGUGGUUGGGAUUAUUCUGGAGUCUAGUAACAAUCUCAUAUUUUGGCUUUGUCCGGCAGUUUUCUUAUCCAAUGAAAUAUUUAAAGUAUGACAACAAUGUUAAUAUUAGUAUUGUGAAUUUGCAUGCAUGCACAUUGUGCUCUGUGUGUCAAUAUUAGCCAACGACACCUAUCGAGAAGACUUCAAGCAAAGGCAGUGAGGAAUUUAUGCCAAUCAGUUCUUCUCACAACUUUCUUGAAUUCUUAAAUUUGAAUCAUUCCAUCUCAGAAUUUUCUGCAAGCAAUGAGGUAAGCAUCAAAGAGCAUCAAGAAUCGAAGCGCAUCAAGCCACUUAUUCUUCAUACACCAUGUGUAUUUUAAAUGUAUUACAUGGACGGUUCAUGUGAUCUUGCAGGAUACAGGAUGGGAUUUGUUUGACUCAACAACACCAUCACAGGACCAGCAACACUGGAGGGACGUUGAGGAUUCAAGCCAAUGGCAGUGUGAGUUCAGGGGUCAAAUCAGAGCACUGAGACAAUGGCUGAUGUGUAUGGAGAUGAGACUUCCCUCCUUUAACCUCAGGCUCCAAGGUGAUGGACACUCAAGCUCAGAUCAAGAGUCCCUUGUAGAUAAAUGGAAGGAAACCAAGUCUACUUUGGCUCUGCGAAACAUAUCUACUGAUACUGGGACGUUCCUUCAAAGCCUGGAAGCCUUGCUGACAUGGGUGUGUGAAAUAGAGGAGCUCACAGCUAAUCAGAAGCCUCCAUCUUCAGAAGUCAAAGUGGUGAAAGCACAGCUUCAAGAACAAAGGCUCCUGCUGCGCCUUCUAACAGACAGACGGAAAAGUAUCCAUACUAUGUUGUUAGAGGGUCCUCGGCUGGUGGAGGCCCACCCAGGAGAGGAGGGGGAACAGGCAAGGGUCAAGCUCUCUGCUCUCAAACAGAAGUGGGAGUCCAUACAGUGGGAGGCGGAUCAAAGGAAGGACAGUCUGGAAGGAAUUCUACCAAUGGCCCGACUCUUCCAGGAAGGCGUAGACAAUCUGCAGCAGUGGCUGAUAUCUGUUGAGCAGGCCCUAGCUGAACUACGCAAUGCUGAAAGAGUGAUGCUGAAUCUUUCAGAAGCCACAGAGAGGGCUAAGGCAUUUACAGAUGAGAUUCAGGCUAAAAGUGCGGAGCUUGCAAAAGUUCAAAAAACAGGCCAUGAGCUCAUGGAAGUGAUUUCAGAGGAGGAAGAACACCAGGUGCAGGAGAAAUUAGAUGGACUUCGUAUCCGAUGCUCCGUGCUAAAUCUGAGUAGUCUGGAUGUACUACAAAGACUGGAGCAAGCUCUGGAAGCAUCCAAUCGCUGUACAUCCAGUCAGGAGGACCUCCACCUGUGGCUGGGUCGUAUUGAGAGAGAACUCUUGGGUAUAGCAGGAGCACAAACAUAUGGCGGAGAUGCAGUGCUAUGUGCAGCUGAAAGACAGAGGCUCGAACAGGCUGUAGUGAAAGAAGUGGCUUGGUUUAAGGAUGCAGCGCUAAGACUUGAAAAGAUGAAAACUGUUCACCUGGAUCCUGACCUCAUAUCAGAACAACUCAAUGAGCAGAAGAUUUUGGCUGUGGAGAUUCUUCAACACAGGUUCAACAUUGAGAAGAUGGUAAAAAUAGCUGAACUCUUGCAAACAUACAGCGAGGAAAGUGAAGUGUGGAAUCUGCAGACCCCAUUAGAUGCCUUACAGGAACAAUGCGCCACCACAUCAGCGACUAAUUCCCAUGGAGUUUUGCAGCUUGAGCAUGCUCAGUCACUUGUUGUUCAGUUCUCGGAGGGCCUUACUGAGGUUUCACCCUGGCUAGAUGAAACACAAAGCCUUGUUGGGCAGCUCUCCCUCAGCACAAUCAGCUUUGAAGCAUUACGUGAGCAACAAGACCUUUUACAGGGUCUCAGGGAGUCAAUAGCUGAACAUCGGCCUUUGAUCACACGCUUAUGCUCCUUGGCCAAACGCCUGUUCGAGCUAAACCCAAUUCAGGGAGAGGGAUUUUGCUGCAAAGCCACGGAGGCUGAGGAGCGGCACAGAGCCAUCAGAGAACGUGUCAGAGAGACCGCCAUUGUACUUGAAGACUCCCUACCCAGAUUCACUCAACUGAAUGAGAGGAUGGUUCUUCUCAGAGAAAGUCUUGACCGCCUGCGCAGUCACAUCCAGAGUCCAACACCCCUUCAGUGUCUGACCCAGAGGAUUCAGGAGCAACUGCAUGACAACAAGCACUUGCUGUCUGAACUAUCCAAAUUGGAGCUCAGCCUCACAAGUGUCAAGACACAGGCACAAGACUUGCUGACUAACACAAGGGCGGCAGGAAUUACAUCCCUCGACACAGCAAUCCAGGAGCAAGUCUCGACUCUUUCCCAGCUGUUGGAUGAGACGCAUAGUCAGGUUCAAGAAAGGGAAAGCUGGUUGCUCAAACUACUGAAUCUAUCCAUGAAGUUUUGGAGUGAUGUUGCUGAGGUCACCGCAGCUCUCAGUAAUGCUCAGCAAGCAGUUUUGGAUCUUAAUGCAAGCCAAACGGACUGUGAAACAAUCCGCCAGUGCUUAGAGACCAUGCAGACACUCAGGGAAGACAUUGACACUUUGCAAGGAGAUUUAGACACCCUUGGUGUUCUCGGAAUGGAUCUGAUGUCAGCAUGUGGGGACACGGACAAACCGGAUGUCACAAAAAGCCUGGACGAACUUUAUUGCCUGUGGAACAAUUUGAGUAAAUUAUGGAACGAAUGCCAUGAGAAACUUGAGGAGUCCUUCCAAAUGUCCUUAAAUUACCAAGACACUAUGCAGGGACUUUUUGAGUGGUUGAAAUCUGCAGAACUGAGGUCAACUGAAGAGUUCAUGGUUGGAACUGACCUAGAAUCAGUCAAAGAGCAGCUGCGUGAACUCAAGGAAUUUAAGCGAGAACUGUACCAGAAGAAGAUUGAAAUAGAAAGCCAAAACCAUCGCUUUGUAUUUCGAUCGUCACCAGGCUCAGUCUCACCCCUGUGUGACUUUCGACUGCGUUGGGACAAUCUGGAGUCAGAAACUGUCAACAGACAGCAUCAACUGGAGUGUGCUCUACUGGGUUUGGGACAGUUCCAACACACACUGGAUGAAUUACAGACAUGGCUUGCCCAUACUGCUGAACAAUUGCGGGGCAAAAAGACAAUUAGCAUCGACCUCCAGGCUUGUGAAAUAGAGCUGGCCAAACAUAAGGUGUUGCGUAAUGAUGUCAUGUCUCAUGUUCGCACAAUGGAAUCUUUGAACCAGGCAGGCAAGGAGUUGCUCGAAGUUGGGUCCGGGGACUGUGCACUUCAGUCUCGACUGGACCAACUCAGUGAAAGCUGGGAGUUUGUUUGUUGUGAAACUGAACGUUACCAGCUGGAGUUAGAGAACAGACUCAGUCAGGUGCAAGAUAUUACAAUGGAAAUUCAAGACCUUCUGCAGUGGUUGGACAACACAGACAUCAGGUUGCCAUCUUCCAAAUCCAUGUGGGGAAUGCCAGAAACCACCACUGAGAGGCUUAAUGCUCAUUUGGAAUUAUGCAACGAGACAGAGUCAAAGCUUCACACCUAUACAGAUGUGAAAAAUGCCAUUCAAAGAAUGCUGGAAAGCAGCAGUGUUGUGCCAGGAUCAAGUACAGAACACAGCCUGUCAAUAAUAGAACAAAAGUGGUCUUCCGUGUACAACAAAGUUCAAGAGCGAAAGGCAAAGCUUAUGAAAGGCUUGAAACUGGCCAAGGAAUUCCACAGUGACAUCCAGGACCUUCUCACCAAGAUGUCCAAGUGUAAAGAGUCUAUUGGACUCCUCACACCUCCCAGCUUUGUUCUGGACACAGUUUAUAACCAACUACAAGAUCACAGAACGCUGGUGGAUGAGGUGAAUGGUUAUGGGGAGAAGAAGACCACGGUAGAGAGUGCUGGCAGUAGACUUGCUGCGCUUAGCAGGAAAGAGGAUUGUGAUGUCAUUCAUAACCUCAUCAUGACUGUCCACGAUCGCUACAAAAAACUACAGCAGUGUAUUUCCGAGAGAAGCAUUGCGCUAGAGGAGGUCAAAAAGAAUGCCAAACAGUUUAAUGAAUCUUGGCGCCUCCUGGUGGACUGGAUGUUUGAGGUAGAAGAAACCUUGGACAACCAUAAAGAGAUUGCACAGUCACAUGAGGAGAUUAAACAACAACUAACUGAGCAGAAGGAGUUCCAGAAAAUGCUCAGAUCCAAGAGGCCAAUGUAUGAAGCGACGCUAAAGAGUGGCCGCAAACUUCAUGAACGAGCUCAAAGUAGCUAUGACCAACAGCACCUGGACAACCUCCUGGCUGAAUUGAAAGACUCCUGGGACACCAUCAAUGGAAAGUCAAUGGAGAGACAACACAAACUAGAGGAAGCGUUGCUGUUCUCAGGAAGGUUCACUGAUGCUCUUCAAGCUCUGAAUGGCUGGCUUUAUAGAGCUGAGCCCCACUUAGCUGAGGAUGUUCUUGUCAGUGGAGACAAGGACAUGGUCAACAAUUUGAUAGACAAACAUAAGGCAUUUCAAAAGGAGCUGGGGAAGCGGGCAGGGUGCAUCAAGACCCUGAAACGCUCUGUAAAGGACCUGACCAAGAGCAGUACGGCUGAUUCCCACUGGCUGCAGGAGCAAAUGGAUGAACUGGAGGGCCGCUGGGAGGUGGUGUGCAGGCUGUCAGUUGGAAAACAGGACAGACUUGAGGCUGCACUUCAGCAGGCUGAGAAGUUUGAUGGCCUUGUCCACUCGUUCAUGGAGCGUCUCAGUGAGGUGGAGAGGCUUUUUAAAUACGGGGUCAUACCGGAAGAAGAAGAAAGUUUGCUUGCCUUCCACAAGCACAAUGAGGAAACAAUGUUUACCUUAAAAGCCCAAUCAGCAGAGUUGGAGAAUAUCCAGUGUCUGGGUCAAAAGAUCCUCUCCUCUUGUCAUCCAGACUCAGUCGUAACCCUCAAGUCUUGGAUGGGUGUCACCAAGACCCGCUACGAGGAGGUUCUGACAUGGGCCCAGCAACAAGGCUUAAGGAUCCAGACGACUUUAGCUUUACUGGAGGAAGAGAGAGCGGAAGUCCAGAGGCUGUUGGAAUGGAUCUCCUCAGCACAAGAAGCUCUCAGUAUCAGAGAUGAAGAGCCUGUGCCUGAAAACACAGAGCAGAACCAAGAACUUAUUCAGCAGCACUGUGUAUUCAUGGAGGAGCUCAAUAAGAAGCUACCAGAAGUUGAACAUGCAACAAAGUCCUGCAAACGCAAAAGUGUUUCUAAACAUCAGGUUUCACCCUUCAAACGAACAAUCAUAAAGAGGCGGAGCACUCUAAAGUUGCAGCCUACAGCACCACUCCCCCUGGAGCACCUUGACCCCCAGACCCCACUGCUCAGUCAGCUGGUCAGUCAGUGGCAGAAACUUUGGCUCCUGGCGGUAGCAAGACAAAAACAUCUUGAACAACACCAGCAAAAACUCAAAGAGAUUGAAGAAUUUGCCAACUUUGACUUUAAUAUUUGGCGAAAACGUUACAUUCAGUGGAUAAGCCAUUUGAAGUCUCGCAUCCUAGAUGUAUUCCGUAACAUUGAUCGGGAUCAGGAUGGACGCAUCAGCCAGAAAGAGUUCAUCGACUAUGUCCUGGCUUCGAAAUUCCCCACCAACUCGCUGGAGAUGAAUGCAGUUGCAAACAUUUUUGACAUGAACAGUGAUGGUUUCAUUGAUUAUUAUGAGUUUGUGAGUGCGCUGCACCCCAGCAGAGAUCCUUACAGGAAAACUCUGGACGCAGAUCAAAUCAAUGAAGAGGUGAGCCGUCAGGUAUCACAAUGUAAUUGUCCCAAGAGGUUUCAAGUAGAGCAGAUCAGUGCCAACAGAUACCGGUUUGGAGAUUCCCAACAGUUGCGGAUGGUGCGUAUGUUGCGGAGCACACUGAUGGUCAGAGUGGGAGGAGGCUGGACUGCUUUGGAUGAGUUCCUGGUGAAGAAUGAUCCCUGCAGAGUAAAAGGUCGGACCAACCUGAAGAUCAAGCAAAAGUACUUAUCUCCCACAGUGAGCACAUCGAAAGGUUUGACUGUCAGCAGGUCCAACUCAAGCCUCAGUCUCUAUAGCAGCGCCUCCGCCCCCACCAGCCCCAUGACACGCAAGGCUUUACUCCGCCGAAGUUUUUCAGGCGACCGUUGCAUACGUCCACGAAGUUCCAUUGCUGCAUUAGGGUCUGAAUUCCUGUUUGUCUCUACAGAAGGCCACAACUCUCUAUCACCAUCAGAAGAAGCUGAGAGGCUGCUCCCUACAUGAUUGCCUCUGCCUUCAAGCUCCACGUGUGCACUAAACCCAAACAGCCUUACGGCCCUGAAUCACAGACAUACUGAUAAGUAGAAAUGUGGUCGAACACAAAAUGCAGACCCUGAAAAAUAACAACAGAAGGUCAAGAUAUAGAAAAAUCUGCAGCUUUGGAGUGUCUGUUGAAACUCUCCAAGUGUGAAGCAUCAAACAUGUUCACGCUCCAGUUGCAAUUUACACAUAAAAAUAUAAAUGGACACUGGAAGGUUUUGUAAAUGUUUUGCAUGGAAACUUUAUGCAUGGUUGCCUUAUGAUCAUUUUUCCCCCUUAGCAAUGUUUACUGAUUUUUAUAUGAUCAGAAUCAGUAAGUAUAAACUGCUAUGUAGUAAUCAUCUGUUUAACCUAAUAGUGUACAAUGCUCAGUUGUGAACAUUUACUGCCAUGGAAAAAAAAGUAUGUUCCUUGUUUGUCCACUGAGAAUCCAAAAACACAAAUACCAAAACCACUAUUAAUUUGCGAGGAUACAGUAUGUUGGUCCUCAAUUGUACAAUGUAAAUUGUUUUUUGGGGCGGUUUGUUUUUUUGCUGCUGCAAAGAUGAUAUUUUUGGCAGGGCCACAACCUUAUAUCAUUUACGGUUUCUGAGGCCGUGCGUUUAAGUGAUCUUGCAUUGUUUUUAAUGCUUUUAGGAUAGUGUCAUCAUUGAAAAUUGUGCAUCCAGGAAAUGCAAUGACAUUUUGAAAAGUCGACUAUUUUGUCAGGAUUGUUUUUAAAGGGGGGUUUCAUGGAACAUUGCUGUGAAUGUGUUGAUCUGAUAUUUGCUUUUUAUUGCAGUAAAAGUUUUUGUUUUUUCUUGAAUUUUCUUCACAUAUUAAGCACUUUCUUACUACAAUACAGGUUGAUUUGUUAGCAAAAAAUGUAGUAAUGAGAUACAUGUUAAAAUCUGUUUUUGUACAUAGCCAUCAAGUCUGUUUUCCAAAAAAUACAAUUCAGAAUUGACGGUAUUUUUUUUUUUGCUUGUGUAACUAGCAACUUGUACCAAAAGUGCAUCUUGUUUCUUGUUUUUCCUUUCUGUAGUGUGGAAUGUCUCUUACGGUCAGCUCACAUGUAAACAACACAAUUGUGCACUGCUUUAUUGCUCGUUUUAGUAUGUGAUAAAUGAAAGAUACCAAGCAACUUUAAAUAAAUUACAAUUUUCUUUUGGGGUACCGUCUAUCCAUGACAAUUAAACAAGCUGGUGAGUGAGAGCGCAAUACAUUUUUGCUAUCUUUGUAAAUAACGCAGCAUAAAUGCACCAUUUUGUGUUCUUGUUUUUCAGAUCUGGUAUUGCAGACAGAAGGUGAAAUUUAGUAGGGUUGAGUCUAUGCAGUUGAAUUGAUUCAUUAAAUAUUUUUAAGCAUAGAAUACGCCUUUUGGCCUCAAUUUGUUUGUGUUGGGAUAUGGGAUAUACUGUGGAGAAAUAACAACAUUUCAACUCAAUUACUAUGCACCUUUAACUUAAUCUUCACAUGUUCCUGUAUUCAGCACUCUUUACGAUGUCCAAUUUUGGCGACCUCUCGAUUUAGGUCACUAAUCCUUUUCUGUUGAAGUGCACCAAUAAAUGAAUAAUUUGUUACAAAAUUCAAA